GGUAUUUCGCUUUUAGAAAAUUGAAAAUUCGUCAUACUUGAGUUUGGCAAUCUCUUCUCAAUUCUCAGUCAUUGUUGGAAAUUACAGAAUGGAAAUGGCAGAUUCAAAGACAGAGACAGAGACAGAGAAGCAGCAAAACGACGUCGUGGCAAAUGGGCUGAGUUCUAUGGUGAGCACUCUGAUGAAAGACUACGAUUCCAAAGCCGAGGACGCUCUCAGAAGCCAACACUACUUAUCGUCUUCUCUCGAUCGUCUCACCCGUGAACUGGAUCAGCUGCUGGAAGAUGCGCCAGUGCCAUUUAUAGUGCAGUAUGCUGGGAAGGUUUCGAGUGUUAGAAAGAGAGUUUCAACAUUGAAUUCACUUCUCAAAUCCAUACACCGAAGACUUGAUAAUAUGGACCGCAUGCUCUCUCAAAGUCAAACCAUUCUACAUGAUGAGAUUUCAGCCACACAGAGUUCAGAACACCAACUUUCUGGAAAAUAGAACUUUGUACUGGGGUUCAUGAACAACGAAUUAGCUUGUUUUGAGUCUUCAAGUUUCACCUCUUAAUGCCAACACUUUAAUACCUCUUGGAUUAUGACUGUUUCCAUGAUUUUAUAACAAUGGAGUUUCCUCUCUCUGUAAAUAAAACCUUUUGUAGUGACUAAACAUAAAGACAUGAAAGACCUAUAAUCAUUGUAUGCAAUGAUUGAUGCUCAAAGGUAGAAAAAUUGAAUCCAAUGAAAUGCUUGGAAAACUAAGGUGUCUUGCACUUGCAAACCUUGUCGAAGAAGAUGGAGUAUGCAUGUUGCGCUGUAGCGAAUUCUUUGUUUAUUGUUGUAAAGGUUGGGAUUGGUUCCCAUAACUUGAUGUGUGCUUGUUUAUUCGUGUUGUCUUUGGUUGUCGUUCUUUAGCCCCUUUGAGCCGGUUCAUGUUGGGUUUGGCUGAGUGAGGUGAGUGACCCUGCUGCCAUUGUGAGGGUGAAAAUUUGUGAUCAAAAUAACGCGGUGACAAUUGGUAUCUGAUCCCCAUUGUGGAAGGCACGACUACGAUGAAUGAUUUGCGGGAACGAGUGACGUAUACAAAGUCGAUGGGCAUUUUUAACAUUUCAAAUCUGUAGAUGUGG